UAGCACUUUAUCGCCGUUACCACUUCCGGUGUUUUGGAGUUCUGGUUGCUCACGCUGGAAUCAGAACGUCCUUGGCUCAUUCUUCAGAAAAAUGCGAUAAAUAUCUUGAUUUUCUGGAACAAUAAACUGUGUGUUUUCUCUCCGGACUUUCUGCGGUACUCUGACCGGAGGUCUGCGGGCUCAGAGCCGGAAUGUCGUUGUUAUGGAGCCUCCGGCCGGCGCUGACAUCACUGUGUCAAGCGUCCCAGCAUGCCUCUGCCUGGACGGCUCCCAUCCUCUCCAGGACGAUGGCCACCCUCAACCAGAUGCACCGCCAGGGGAAACCCAAACCGCCUCCUAAAACUGUCGGCGCCACGUUCGGCUGUCCCCAGCUGAAGGCGGUGGUCCUGAAGACCAUGAUCCGAAAACCCAAGAAGCCCAACUCUGCCAACAGGAAGUGCGCUCGAGUGCGCCUCUCUAACGGGAAGGAGGCGGUGGCGUUCAUCCCCGGGGAGGGACACAACCUGCAGGAGCACAACGUGGUGCUGGUGGAGGGCGGGAGGACUCAGGAUCUGCCCGGAGUCAAACUCAAAGUGGUCAGAGGCAAAUAUGACUGUGCCCACGUGGUGAAGAAGAAGCAGUAGAGUGAGAGGAGGACGCUGGAGUGAUGGAAGUGUGUGUUUGUCAGCUGUUCAAUAAAUUACAUGUGCUCUUUAUUACAUCAUCA